GUUACGAGAGAAAUCCUGAAGCUGAUAAAAACGUUAAUAGACAAAGAUGAAACCGAGUCACAAAUUGGCAAAAAGUUUGUUCCAUUAAUGAUGGAUGUCGUACUUGGUGGCUAUGCAAGAAAUGUUCCUGAUGCAAGGGAAUCAGAAGUUUUAUCACUCUUUGAGACAAUAAUAAAGCAGUACAAGGUUGCAAUGCAAAAUGAUGUCCCUCACAUUUUUGAAUCUGUUUUCCAUUGCACUUUGGAGAUGAUCACUAAGAACUUUGAAGAUUAUCCAGAACACCGGUUCAAGUUUUUCUCGUUACUUCGUGCCAUUGCUGCAUAUUGUUUCCAUACCUUGCUACAGUUGUCAAGUGAGGAACUGAAGCUAUUGAUGGAUUCAGUUAUCUGGGCGUUUAGGCAUACAGAAAAAAACAUUGCUGGAACCGGGCUUAAACUCUUACUGGUGUUAAUGAAAAAGUUUCAGAAAUCUGACUUCUCUAACCAAUUCUACCGGACAUACUUUAUGCAAAUUGAGCAAGAAAUUAUUGCCGUGUUGACCGAUACCUUUCACAAGCCAGAGUUUGAGUUACAUGUGUUGGUGCUACAGCAUCUAUUUUCACUGGUAGAGAGCGGUUCUUUAACAGAACCUUUAUGGGAUGCUUCCACUGCACCUUAUCAGUAUCCAAAUAAUGCCGCCUUUGUUUGUGAAUACACCAUCAAGCUUCUAAGCUCAUCAUUCCCCAACAUAAGUGUAUCAGAGGUGACACAAUCUGCGAAAGAACUUUAUCGGUUGAGAAGUCACCCUGAUAUAUUUAAGAAUCACUUACGAGACUUCCUUAUACAGUCCAAAGAAUUUUCUGCAUAGG